UACUGUGACAUAGGCUAGGUUCAUGGAGUAAAAUAGAGUUUGUGGAAUGGAGCAGAAGACUUUCGAAUCGGUUUGUUGUUUUCGUCAGCUUGGUGGACAAGCAGAAAGGUGAAUCAUCGCGCAGCACGAGUUGUAGCUGUGUAGGAAAUUACCUUCUCUUACCGGACAGGACAAUUAUUUGAACAACGGAAACAGACGGGUGAAAUGGAUGGACAAGGCAAACCUGUAUACGCGAAUCAUGUGUUUAGUCGUGGCGUGCGCUCUCUCCGCGCGCUCUUUCUGCAGGAAUCCAGCAACGGACAUUGGCUCAGUAUGGAUGAGGCAUAUCGGGCCUUCACGUCCUGUGGAGUCAGUGUAACGUAUUCGCAGCUGCUCGAGGCGACGCAGCGUGCCAGCGAGUUCAAAAAGCGCUUCGCCGGCUUACCUGCAACCACUAACGAUAUCGCACUAGCCGUAGCUGCGGCGGCGCUGAACGGCGAACGUGUCCUCCUAUUCGGCGAGUUCUGCUGGAUGGUCACCGUCUUUAGGCGCCUGCUGCAUCACCAUGGUGACAUGACGUCACAGUAUCCGGUGCAAUUGGACAAUCGGUUACGGCUUCUACCCAGCAGUGUGACUAGCAGUGACGCAGGGAGUAGUGUGGACGCUGUGGUGAUUGGUUCUAAUGUGGAACAUGACUGCACUAGCGAGCAAGAGACGGCGGCAGAACAAGUCUUUCUAGGCGGUUCGUGUAACCCGACGACAUGGCGUAGCGACAUUGCCAUCCCCUGGCUAGACUCGUGCAAUGUGACCUACUUCAAUCCGCAGGUUGACGACUGGUAUCCAGAGCUGAUCGACAUUGAGCGCGAGGCCAAGCGGCGCGCUUCCCUCCUGCUCUUCGUCGUUGACGACCAGACACGCGCCGUUGCGUCCCUGGUUGAAGCGGCCUAUUUGAUUGGCCUGGGACGUUUGGUGGUCACCGUCGUUCGGUUGGUAUCAUCUUCUCCGGCCACAGCACCGACACCAGCCGCUGCAUCGUCCAGCUCUCAGAUCAAGGACAGCAUCAGCGUGUGCGACUCCGAGGUGUCGGAUUUGAACAACGCGCGUGCGUUCCUGCUCGACAUCGCCGAGAACAGCGGAACGUUUGUAUUCUCGGAGGUGCGCGAGGCCAUGCUGUGUGUAACUGAGCUGUUCCAGGAGCACCGCAGAAACACCAGUACCACCAGCAACGCUAGCGACGCCCGCACGCACACACCACCCGCUUCUAUUCCCACGGAUAACACCGAGCCGCACGUGAAUGGCGGUGGUGUUGCCACGAGCAACCUCAUGUCCGAUACUGAUACCACUGCAUGUAGGAACAGUUCAACCAAUGGUGAGUCUGUUGCCGCAAGCAAUGGUGGAGUAAACGGUCAUGGCGGUGCUACUGCUAGUAACGGUGGAGGUAAUGAUCACGCCAUCGCCACUAGCAACAGUGUCGCCGUUGAUAGUGCUCUAGGCGCUAGUCACCGUGAAGCUGGAGGCGAUGCAGGCAGUUUUGAAUGUGUGUGUAGUGACAGAGCAGCAGCACUGGGUACCACACAACUAGACGAUGGUGAUGCACUACAGAGCCUGGCUAGCUGCUCGGCAGAUCAUGCCGUCAACACCACCAUGGCAACCAACGGUGUACGUGGAGAAAGCCCAGCGAGCGCGGGAUCCGCCUCGGCGUCUGAUGCGCUGCUGCCGCCGACACUGUCUAGCGAUGACCUGUGGGACUAUGCCAUGCUGCAUGCGGUCGGACACCGCAGGGCUAGCUCGCCCCUGCUGCGACUCAGCGCGCCGAAGCCGAUCCGGUCUCAUCGCUAUGGCGACGACAUCGUACGCCUUCAGAAUGCGUUCCUGCUAUCCAGUAGUAGUAGUAGUAGCACUGCUACAGCAUGUCGUGAGAGUGUACAACAGCCGACGACGACGACGCUGCAGCACUUCAGCUCCAAGCACGUGCCAACGGCGACCGUGUCUGACGCAAGACACGCCGCUCAGGGUAUUCUGCCCAGUGGACGGCUUGGAGCUGUGCGUGCACAGCCACACGUCGCUACACAUGCAUCACCAUCAUUGUCAUCGUCAUAUCCGACGAGCACCGUAUCCGUGGAGACCAGCGGCGGGAGCAGUGUCAGCUCCAGUGUCGACAGACAACAGAUCGGCGUGGCAACGGCAUCGCCGGCGACGAUGGAGAGUGAGUCUCGUGUCAACUACGACGGCUUCUGCACGCUCGUAUCCCAGCUGUGUAGCCUUGACAAUUCCAUGACAACGGAUUUCAACACCGCGCGUGAUUCUGAUGACAGGCAUGCCGGGAAGCCGAGGCAUCACAAAUCGCCAUGGCAAUACUUCACCGGUGGUAGCUCGGUGUGGCUGCGCUUCACUCGCUAUCUGCGCUCUUUCUGGCGGCGCUUUGUGGAGCUACAUCGGCGCCGCAUCCGUCACCAUCACAUGCCCUCCGUCUUUCUCGCUGGGUCGUGCGGGUCGUCGACGUGGCGAGAGGAAAUGGCAG